UUGCGACUGCUCGCGGUGUGCGACGAUCGUGUCUUGUUUUUUAGUCAACCGCAGCACCCGCCGACUUGCUGUCGUGUCGAAAAAAUGUUCAACCUCGGUCCCUCGCACGCGUAAACCAGUGUUCAAUUUAGUUAAUUGUAAACAGUGUAAGUGCAGUGACACUACAAUGGCUCGUCUCACCGAAGAGAUGGUUAUCGCUCGUUCGAAACAGUCGGAUUUGUCUGCGAUCAAAAAGUUGAACUGCUGGGGUGCAGAGCUCGGUGACGUCAGCCUUCUGCGGCGGAUGCCCAACGUCGAAGUACUGGCUCUCAGCAUAAACAAGAUCCGCACGCUGGGCGACUUCGCGGGCUGCCGGCGGCUGCGAGAGCUCUACGUGCGCAAGAACGAGAUCCGCGACCUCGGCGAGAUCCGCCACCUGCGCCGCCUGCCCGCGCUCACCAGCCUGUGGCUCGACGAGAACCCCUGCACCACGCACCCGGAAUACAGAAUGACAGUCCUUAGGAAUCUCCCGAAUCUCGAGAAGCUUGACAAUGUUCCCGUCCACCCAGAAGAAGUGCAAGAGGCGAUGCGCCGCGGAGUUCACAUACCCGACUCAGACGACGAAGGGUACCCACAGCAGCAGGAGACAUACGGGCAGUACCGGCGGCAGCGGUCGUGCGACUCGAGUCCCGAGCGCGACGAGUGCCGCGCGCCGCCCCGCCACGACCAGGGCAGCGACAGCUCGGAGGCGGGCGCGGAGCCGGCGCCGGCGCCGGAGCCCGCGAGGCCGGAGCCGCAGCAGUGCCCUCUGUCGCCCACGAGACGAGUCUCGCCCGAGCCUGACGAGCGGUACGAGUACCCGGCCAUGACGCGAUCGCAGUACGAGGCGCGCGCGCCGCGCUCGCCCGACGCGCCGCUGCGGCACUCGCUCUCCGCACACAGCGUCAAGGACUACGCGUAUUCGACGAACGGCGAGUGCCGCUACAGCGCCGCGCCCACGCUCGCCUCGCCGCCGCACUACAGUGACGGCUGCUACGAGCGCUCGGACAGGGCGGAGUCGUACCAGCAGGUGCCAACGCGACCGGGCCCGGGCUCGGAGUGGGAUCGGGACAGGGACAGCGCGCGAGAGCGGGACAGAGACUACCCGUCCGCCGUCAUGGCCGAGCAUCGCGGGUUCACGCGCCGCCCCGUCGCUAGGAACUCGAACCUGUUGUCUGCGGUGCUGUGCCUGGUGAAGGAGCUGGACUACCCCAGUCUGGAGGUGGCCGAGAUGGCCGUCAGGUGUCGCAUGGACGAGCUCGCCAACAGCCAGUGACCCCGCGCGCCCGCGCCCUGAGCCGGCGGGGCGUUCGCGGGGCGUUCGCGGGCCGUGCGUGGGCCGUGCGCGGGGCGUUCGCGGGCCGUGCGCGAGGCGUCGCGGGGCGUUCGCGGGCUCUUUCAAGUUCGCGUUUCCCCGCGCGUAUAAAAUCCUUUUUGUAUUCGCCUCAAGCCAAGCGCGUCGCAAGCAUGGACGCGCAUAAAUUCCAAUACAAGCCCAACGCUGCGAGGGUUUUGAAGCAUUAACUGAGCAUUUUUAGCCUGCGUGGAAGUCCGUAUGCCAAUAACGCUGGAAGCUAGUGAGAAGACAGAAGCAGAAGGCAAGUACCGAUGCCGCUAGUGCGAGCAACGCCCCGCGCACGCCCCACAGUGGCGGGAAUGUACAGUUGACAGCGCAUCAGGCUAAUUUCUGUCUCAAAAUAGACUGUUUUACGACGGGAUGAAAUGCCACUGUUUUUUAGUAAGCUUGAUGUUCUGUCAUCUGUACCUUCCGGGUGUGCGUAAAACAAGAUGGCGGCGCUCAUCGCUGACGGCUGUCCCUAUCUUGUCACGGAUACACAGACUGCCAUAUUGAUCGCGAUGGGUUUACUUUUGAGGUAAACAGUUUUGUCCCGGGCUCAGUAGCAGCGGAGCGCAUAAAUUGACAACUGUACAAAAUAGUGUUGUGCCCGGUGACUAUCGAUAUCAUACGCAAAAAAUUUGCAAGUAAUUUAAUUUAAUACGGACACGUUUUUUUUUUAAUUUUCGUUUGCAUGAUCGUUUUGGAUCAAGCAGUCGAAAGUGAAAGAUUUUUUUUGGCAUUAGCAGUUAUAAUAACAGUUAUUUGCAUGUCAAUCUAAAUUUCUUAUCUCGAUUUUAUAACAAAAACCUACAGUGAGGUGCUAUGAUCUGUAUUUUACAGCGUGCGACUAAUAUAACUUGAUUUGCACGAACCAAUUAUUUCUGAUUAAAUUCGUUUAAAAUUAUCGAUAUCGCCGUACCCAUCCCUGCUUACGUAAAACAAAAUGGCCGCUUCCCGCCAUCUUGUCGCGUCAAAAUGUCGGAGUUGACGUUGACCCGCGACUCGUGUUCUGGAAAGAGGGAGUCUUCUGCGAAAUAAGUUUAUUUAUUUACACAAGACUUGCGCUUUCAUUUAACUUAGCAUUUUCUAUAAAAUCGACGGAGUUUUGGCGGUGUUUUGAUUAAAAAGUAAAAUUGAUAAGUUUCUAAAAAUUCGUACAACCAACCUGGUCCAAAAACAACUCUGGAUGGUCAAGAGCAACUCUACAUAUUUUCGUAAAUAUUCAUUUAUAGGUAAAAAGAUAGUACCUAUUUUAUUUAUUUUUCGUUAAAACGCCGCCAAAAAGUAGGAUCUACAUAAUUUGAGAUUUGGUGAUAUACCAUCUCAAUUUGAGAUUAUUUUUAACAAUUUUUUAUUUUUAUAUUCGAGCCAUGAAGUUUUAUUUUACCGACUAGGUACUGAGAGGUACUGAUUUUAAUGUUUCGUGUAUAGUUUUUGUGAAAAUGUUGUUAUUGCUCUCGGAAUGACAGUCCAAACUCGUGUGAUAUUCUAUGAAAUCGUUGUGUACAUUUAUUUGCAUCCUUACUAUUACAAAAACCAUGUAUAUGUGAUAGAUUAGGUUAUGUUAAAAUAAGAAAUAAAAUACAUGAUGUAUUCUUGAAAUUGUAAAUAUAAUUUAAGUAUUUUAUUCGAAAUUGUGAGUUUCAAAUGUAUAAUAUUCGCCGACUUACAGAGCCUUUGUUACAAUCAAAAUUGGGAUUCAUGAUUCAAUAAGAAAAGUUGCAGUUCAAAUAUUCACAAAUUAUUCUUUUGUAAGUAUACUCACGUCACGAUUCCAGCUGUGUAAUUAAUUACAUAGUAUCAUUGUUUACUUUCGAGGCAAAGCACAGUUUUGGUUAAAUUAGUUCUGAAUUUAUUUCGUUAAAUGACGAGAUUGCCGCGUCGGCCCCCAGUCCUGUACCAUAAAAAAAUUUAAUUGAUUCUGUCACAAUUACCUACUUUAUCUACAGGCACAGACAUUCUAUUGACAUACUUAGUAUUUAUAAUCUGUACUAUCAAAAUGUCACUAUUGCAUUUUAACAACAGGCAGAGCAAACUACUAUCGAUACUUAGUUGUACAACCCUGUGGGUCUAGAUAAAGUGCAAAUUAUAAUCGCAGUAACCAGUCGAAAAGUGGUCGAAAAGCCCCUUUUUUGUAUGGAGUUUUAACGGAUUCGAUUUUCGAUUCGAUCAAAAAGUGCGUUUUGUCUAGGGGGGCUGGUGUCCCAGAUAUGACUUUUACAGGAGGGCGCAACUACCAAUACUGGGUUAUUAGUUCCGAUUUUUGCCACUUGGCGUUUCAGAUCGUUUGACUUUAAUGCCGUCUAUCGAUAUGAAAUAAAUUAGUAAAGUAAAAGCAAAAGUAUUUUAUUUGCCAACAAAAGAAUUACAGUUUAUUGUUGAUUUUGCUUCAAGUAGCAAUUCUCUGAAAGUCGACGAACGUUCCAAACAGUUCCAUCAGCAGAAUUGAGGUGGUAUAUAAGACAGGGCAGGUGCGCGACGUUCAAUUAUACGCUUUAAUGUCAACGCGAUAAAAUCGUUUUUUGUCAAAUCAGUCGCCGCGCUGCCAAACGAAAUAUUAGUGUAAGGACUGAUAAAA